CAGACGCCCGGCUCCGGGGGGCUGAGGCUGGCUCCCUUCCUUUCGGAUUAGAAAUAAACCCCAGAAACCGUGCCAACGCGCAUUAAGAGUGGGAGAUCUGCAAAGGCGGCCCUCUUGAACCCCGGCCAUGAACAUCCUGGCCCCUGUGCGGAGGGACCGGGUCAUCGGCGAGCUGCCCCAAGGUUUCACCAAAGAGGCAGCUCUGCACAGCAGGACCUCCUUCCACCCCAAAGUGGUGGGCAUGUGCCAGGCACAACGUACAGGCACCGUGGGCAGGUUUAAAAUUUCCAAGAUCAUUGUGGUGGGCGACCUGUCAGUGGGGAAAACCUGUUUGAUUAACCGGUUCUGCAAAGACACCUUUGACAAGAAUUACAAGGCAACCAUCGGGGUGGACUUUGAGAUGGAGCGUUUUGAGAUUCUGGGGGUCCCCUUCAGCCUGCAGCUGUGGGACACUGCUGGCCAGGAGCGCUUCAAGUGCAUCGCCUCCACCUACUAUCGGGGAGCACAAGCCAUCAUUAUCGUCUUUGACGUGAAUGACGUGGCAUCGCUUGACCACACGAGGCAGUGGCUGGCAGAUGCCCUGAAGGAGAACGACCCAUCCAGCGUCCUCCUCUUCCUAGUUGGGACCAAGAAGGACCUCAGUCCUGCUGCGCAGUACAUCCUUGUGGAGAAGGACGCCCGGAAGGUGGCGAAGGAGAUGCAGGCUGAGUACUGGGCCGUCUCGUCACUCACAGGUGAGAACGUGCGGGAAUUCUUCUUCCGGCUGGCUGCGCUCACCUUCGAAGGGAGUGUUCUGGCCGAGCUGGAGAGGAGCAGUGCGCGCAGGAUUGGGGACAUUGUGCGGAUCCACGGGGACGAGCGGGACUUGUACUUGACGGAGAAGAGGAAGCGGACCAAAUGCUGCCCGUGACGAAGCGCCCCUGAACGGCCCUGAUCUGCGCCGCCCAGCCCUGCACUGGACUCCUUUCUAGACCAAAGGAAGCCCCCCAUUUCUGGGACUGCCCCGGGCGUGCAGGGGGUACCACCACAGGAGAAGCAGACGCGCUCCCCCAUCUCCCAGAUGCUGCCAAACCAAAGAUUCCUUGCGGAGCGCCCCUUCCCGAACGCUCCCAGCCUCUGUGCCUUGACUCAUCUCCACCUUCCCUCGCAGCGCCCGCCUUUCUCUCGGCACCAGCAACCACACGCCCUGCUUCGAGCCCCCAGAGCGGCAGCCGAAGCCCCCGGGCGGCCUGGGCUGUGCCAGCCGCUUCCCCCGAUGAAGAAGAAAUGCCUCCCUUGCUUUUUCUACAUGGCUGGAGUUUGUCUGUCUGGGCUGAGCUGAGCUGAGCUGAGCUGAGGGGGGGAGCGUGCUCAGGGACUCUGGCUACCGCGCCCAGAGAUCCCACGGCGUUGGGGGUCAAAGGGGAUGAGUGUUGGGGGGGUCUGGAAAAGGAGGACGGAGUUAGCUCCUGGUGCCCGCCGACUGUCAGUCCGAAGAGGGUGUCUUUAGCCUGCCUGAGUCCUGGGCACCCUCCUGGUGUCCAGAUUUCAACCCCAGCCCCGAUUUUGCUGGUUGGGGAAUUCUGGGAAAUGGAUGCCAUCGCUCUGGAGGGCGUCUGGUGCCACGGGGUGCUGAAAGGCAGCAGAGAUCCUUCCUCACUAAACCCUGGCAUGCUGAGAGGGGCGGGGAGGGAUCCCCACUCAUCAGAGUGUCAGGAUCUAUGCAAGCUAUAACCUUUGAUUGCUUUUCAUUUAGCUCUAUUAUGCCUAGUAAAGAGUUAAUAGAAAGAAUGUUAGUUGCAGGCCGCUUGCUUGACCUGCCAUUGAAGGGGGGAGAGGAGGGCAGGUGCUGUUAUCUUUAUCUCCACACGGGCAUCUCCAGGGCAUCUCCAAGGCCAGGCGUUGUGAGAACCAGACCGAGGCGCGAAGAAUUUCAAGCGGGAAAAGAAAGGAGCAGGAGGGGACUUGGGCUUAAAAAGGGAACAGUUUUGCUUGUAGAAUUAGACUCAACAAUCUAUGCUGCUGUGCACUUCUCC